UUAAUUUUUGAGCUUGUAUUAGUCAGACAUUGUUUUCUUGUUGAAAGAUUCGUAACCUUUUUUCCUUUUCAACAUGAAUUUGCAAGCAUCCUGCUUUACAUUUUUUUCUUGCUACGUUUGAAUGUUGAUCUUACUACUAAAUGAUGCAUUACCUUUUCUUUUUUGGGUGAGGGUGGGUUUCCUACAGAAGCAAUUUACUCAUAUUUUCACAUGCUUGUUAUUAAUUUCAGAUGAAGGAUGUUGCGACAGAGAACUUUCAGCGGAUCUGUGAAGCCUAUGAAAUUUUAACAGAUGAGCAUAAAAGGCAAAUAUAUGAUAUCUAUGGUAUGGAAGGAUUAACUUCAGGCUUAGAGCUUGGUCCAAAGUUAAAUAAAGCAGAAGAGAUAAAGGAAGCUUUUGAAAGGUUUCGGCGGCAGAAGGAAGAGGAAAAGGUUUAUCCUCAUAUUAGGCCUUCUGGUUCAAUUGUUGCAUCUUUGUCUUUGCCACAGUUUCUAAGAGGUGGUGGCAUCAUGAGAGGAAUGGAAAUGUCUAGCGAAGUUCAAUCUCAGAUAUCCAAGCGCAAUACUAUUGCUGUUCGUGGCAACAUGACAGUUUAUGGAAAUUCUGGUGGUGGAGCUGCUAAUGUUGUGUUGAGGCAUCAUAUUUCUACAGUUGCUUCCAUAGAGUUCAUGGCUUCAGCUGGUUUAAGGUCACUUAUUGUGGUACAGAUGUCGCGCCAUCUGUCCCCCCACUCAACAGCAUCAGGUGGAAUAGCAAUAUCUUUGAGCGAUGGUUCAAUUAAUCUUACAAAUACCUGGACUCGGCAACUCUCUGAGACAUCAAAUGGAAAUGUUCAUCCAGUCCUUCCUAAUUGAAAUAUCAAAAUCAUCAUAAAUAUUUUCUGUAGACUGACGCAAGGGCACUUGGUGAUCCAUUUUGUGGCGACCAUGUAUACCCUCCAUUUGACACAACUCAUAUUUCAUGAAUUAUUCCAUCAUACACUUAUGAACUUCAAAUUGCUGUACUAAUGGUAAAUCCAAUUGCUGUAGUGGCUCUAGGGUGAUUGGACUGAUACGAUCGGGUUUGGAAACCUAAACCAAAAUGAA